AACAGACACCAGCUACCCAGCAGAACCAGCCUGUUCAGCAGACUCAGCAAACUCAACAGACACAAGCUACCCAGCAGAACCAGCCUGUUCAGCAGGCACAACAGACUCAGCAGACACAGGCUAACCAGCAGAAACAAAGCACGCAGACGCAACCCCAGAUUGUUAGCACGCAAAAUCAACAGACACAGCAAGCUAGGCAACAGAGCACCGCAAACCAACAGAGCACUGCUCAAAGUACUGGGAAUGGACAGUAUACUCAGGCCCAGCAAAGCAGCUCUGUUGCUCAACAAUCCGCUCAAGUACUACAUUACACCAUUCCGCACCAGCAGACCACAACCCAGGCUGCCCGAACAACGCCCCGGCAAAGUACAGGAAAUAACAACCAGCCGACGCAGUCAACGGGAAAGCAAUCGACAGGAGCCACCACCAAAACGAACGGGGAAGACUGGCAAGACUGGCCGCCUAAGUCUACAUCCUCCGCCAUCAAAUCAUCUGGAAUUCCCAGCUCGGCUUCUACGGCUCCCCAGGCGUCUACGGCCCCUUCAAGCAGGUUCACAACCAUAUCAACUACGAAGCUCGCGCCGUCGACCAGCACGGCUGCACUUCCGACAACGAAAUCCACUUCUACCAAUUCCCAAAAGGUAUCAAGUACUGCAGCUACGAGCUCUCCGGUCAUUCCCAUUUCAAGCACCACGAAAUCCAAGUGGCAGGACUGGACAUCGAGUGAAGUAUCCUCGAUUUCGUCGGCUUCUUCCGGUUCUCCUUCUACAGGGACCACAAAGUCUAAGUGGCAAGAUUGGACAACGACUAAGCAGACUUCAACACACCCCGCAUCGUCCGAGGGUCCUUCUAUCACAACCACGAAGUCUAAGUGGCAAGAUUGGACGUCGAGCGAGCAGACUCCAUCCCACUCCCCAUCCUCCGAAGGUCACUCUGUAGCCACCACGAAAUCCAAGUGGCAGGACUGGACGACAUCGAGCAAGCAGACUUCAACGCACUCUGCCUCUGAAGGUCCCUCUGCAACCACCACAAAAUCCAAGUGGCAGGACUGGACAUCGACUAAGGUGUCAUCCGUCGGCCCGUCAUCUUCGGGAAGCCCGUCUGCCGCAACAACGAAGUCGCAGUGGCAGGACUGGACAACGUCGAGCAAGCACACUGAGACGCACUCACCUUCCUCAAAGGGCUCUUCAGCACCCACUACACGAACCAAGUGGCAGGACUGGACAACGUCAAGCGUACAGACUUCAACUCAUCCGGCAUCAUCAGAGGGAAGUCCAGUGACGACCACUAACAGCAAGGGGCAACAUUCGACAUCAAGCGAGCACUCUUCGACAGGGCAUUUGACCACCUCUACGAAGGAGAACUGGCAUGACUGGACAUCGAGCAAAGUGUCCUCCACUUAUUCGUCGUCGUCAAAAAUCCGUUCUACAACAACCACAAAGGCUAAUUGGCAUGAUUGGACGUCGAGCAAGCAGUCUCAAUCGCACUCCCCUACCGCUUCCUCGGCCGCAACUACGAAGAGUGACUGGCAAGAUUGGACGUCUACCGGGCAUUCUCCAUCUCAUGCUUCUACUCACAGUUCGAGCAUGCCUUCCGCAGCAACCAGCAAAACCUCAUCGCAGGCUUCAACAUCAAGCGAACAAUCUUCGGCCCACUCAUCCACAAAGCCCUCGACCGCAACUACAAGAAGCAAGUGGCAGGACUGGACUUCCAGUAAACAUUCUUCUGCUCAACAUUCCACCCAGCCUUCGGCAACGACUCCUUUGGCAACGACAACAAAUACUAAAUGGCAUGACUGGACUUCGAGCAAAAGGUCUUCAACUCCUUCCACCCAGUAUAGCGAAACCACGACCCAACAUUCAUCUCAUGCUAGCUCAUUGUCUACUUCGGGAACGGUGACCACUACCUCACAGAGCGUGGGUCCGUCUUCCAGCCAUUCGUCGAAGUCAUCAACUACUGUCUCUACGGCAACUCUUUCGUCACAGACAACAUCUGAGAGUUCGAGUACUGGGGUUACCAGCCGAACAACCGCUCCCCUUACUUCUUCGACGGAGACUUCCACCGCAGCAACUACUACCAGCUAUACUGGCUCUAGCAGCGCUUCGCAAACUAUGGAAACAACCCCACCAGCAUCAUCAAAGACCACUAGAACGAGGUGGCAGGAUUGGACAUCGAGCAAAUCGUCUUCUGCCCACUCAAAAUCGACAUCUACCACCUCUGGAUCGUCUCAUCCGAGUACAACCUCUGCUGCACCCACGACGCAUCAAAGCAGCUCAACCCCUGUUAGCUCAUCGCCAACUACCAAUGCACAUUCCAGCAAGACUUCUUCUACCGCUGUCUCGUCCAGUUCGGGCCAACGUGGCUCGAGCACUGCAAGCACGACUCCGGAGGUGCCCACCACCUCUCCAACAGUUUCGAGUCGAAGCACCUCCGGGUCGGUAAGCACGACCUCUUCCAUUGUUGAAACGACAAGUAGCAAAGCCUCGAGCACCGCCUUCUCCACCCAGCCGACUACGUCAAGCACCUGGAGUCAGCCUGCAAGUUCUUCGCAAAGCAAGAGCGGUUCAACAACCACGACCCUGGAGCACAGCAGUACCACUUACACCCCUCCCAUCUUUGUCACGACCCCCACAACGUCGGCGACAACGCAUCCGGCGGGGACAAGUGAGACUUCUACAUCCUGGGCAUUCUCGACCCCUUCAUCCCCUACAAGUUCUGUCCCUAGCACUGGGAUCACAACAAGCCCGCACGCUUCUUAUUCUUCCAUGACUACCUCGCACGAAGUUCACUCGACGACUGGCUGGACCACGACCUCUACCAAAGCUACCAGCUCUGGAACUAGCUUCAGCCCAUCUAGCACGUCAGAAUCACGACCGUCAUCCAGCGGUUCGAGCAGUCGUAGCUCCACCGGUAUCUCGACCUUUUCGACAAGAACAAGAUCAACUUCGGCGUCCUGGACUGUCUCCACCCCCACACCUUCCACUACAGGCACAGUUCACUCGAGCCAGACGACCCACACGACUCGUGCCCACACCUCUUCAAGCCCUGGUUCGUCUUCGACAUCGGUAUCAACCCCAGCCAAGAGCACCAGCACGACAGCCUCAGCUUCGACAGCUACAGCUUCGUCCACGAGCUCAUUCUCGACAUGGAGCCCGACAACUUCCAACACGACUCCGUCUACGCCGGCCAGCUCCUCAACGGCCACGAGUGAGACCAGCUCUGCUUGGACAAUCUCUACUUCGCAAACCACGCAGACAACUAGUGUAACAGCCUCGACGAUUAGCUCUUCUCAAUCUUCGAGCGAGUCUAGCACGUCAAUCUCGUCGGCAACGCAGACGCCUUCGACUACUGCCACUCCAACUUUUUCGCAUUCGUCCACACUUCACACGACAACGCAGUCGCACUCUAGCAGAAGCAGAUCGACGCAUUCUGUGUCGCAUUCUACUGAAAGCACUGCUUCUACAACCCUGCGCUCGAGCACGGAGGUAUCCAGUACUCCCUAUACCACGACCGGUGGCUCUCAGACGACUUGGUCUACAACUGUAACACCGACCAUUCCUGCAACAACGAGCCAUUCAAGCAGCACUGGAACAAGCUCAACAGGAGCUGUGACUACUUCAAGUGCGGGAUCAACAAAAGGAACCUCUACUGGCACUACGGCGACGCCAAGCACCUCCAACACAGGUAGCAGCAGCGUUCCUGGUGGCUCAUCCACCUCGUCAACGAGACAACAUCACAGUUCAACUACUCUCAGCAGCAUUCCAGGCGGCUCAUCCACCUCGUCAACGAGACACCAUCAAAGUUCAACUUCUGUCAGCAGCCAGGGCGCUACAACCACCUCGCCGACGGCUUCCUCGUCAGGUGUCAGUUCGCGGUCGUCCAGCUUUUCAACCUCUGUGAGCAGCGCACAGUCUUCGUCCAGUACCCACCACAGAAGCUCCUCCACGCACUUUGUCCCAACUUCGAGUGGAACAACUAGCAGUGGAGUCCCCUCUUCAAGUGCAACAACCAGCUCGACGAUGUCAGGUCCUGCAACUACACACUCAUUCACGGCGUCUUCGGGGACGACCUCGGCUAGUACGUCCACUUCUCAAGGUACGACGUCGCUUCCUGCGUCGUCCGGAUCAACAAGCUCGAGCACUCUUCCACCCUCGGUCACGACUUCAGGGACCAUCAGUUCUUCGAGCACAUGGUCAACUGGAACCAGCACCACAUCAGAGUCCACUUUGAGCACGUCUUCGACCAGCGUAGGUGGCAGCACGAGCAAGUCUUUUGAAUCCUCAACAAGUGUGGCAACAUCGUCAACAUCCAGCCCGACCACUACCAUUUCUAGCACUCAGAAGUCGAGCUCCUCGUCUGCCAGCAGCACGUCAACCACACCAUCCAGCACGUCUGGUCGGACCAGCCAAUCGUCUCCGAACACAUCCCCGUCAGCUUCGAGCAGCACAACUAUCAAGUCUAGUACGGUCACCAGCCAGACCUCCCAGACCUCGACACAUUCUUCCAGGUCGAGGACAACACCUGUGGUUCCCACGACAUCCAGUCCCGGUGGUCACACCUCGACGACCAAGUCGAGCUCAAUUCCUAUCUUCGUUUCGAGUUCAGCAAGCAGCAGCUCAACCCGACCCUAUACGUCGACCACGACUGGUGGCCCCUCUCGUUCCACCUCUCGUUCCAGCCGGACUUCAAGCGGCUCCACGCAGACCAGCACAAGCCACAGACAGAGCACGAUAACGAGCAGUCAUACUUUACCCUACACAAGCUCGUCCACUCCAUUUACCACCAGUCCGUCGGUCACUACAUCAGGGUCUACUGUGGCUACUACAGAGUCAAGCGCAACCAGUAGCUCUAGCAAGCCAGCCACUACCACUACGAUUCUCACCACGGUCGUCUCAACAACAGCAUCCGUGCCGACGAGCGCCACUUCUUCCCAGGUGACCACAACAGCUACGACACCGCUCUCUUCAUCCACCAGCGCAACAAGCGAGACGACCACGCCGGCACUACCCUCGACAACGGGGCAGACAACGACUACUGGUGGCACAACAACACAGCCUACGACCGCUACCACAAGUGAGAGCACGAGCAGUUCUAGUAUCUUGACUAGCCUUACCACGCAGUCCACAAGUACUAGCGAAGGGAGCACGACCCAGCCAAGCACUUCCGUGAGCUCUUCAACUACUUCUGUCGUAACAAGCAGCACAACAGCAGUCAGUACGACAGCUGCCUCAACGACCGAGACAACAACCUCGUCCCCGACCAUCUCUAGCACGUCGGCAACGGGCGUAACCACUACCAUCCCAACGACCACGAGCAGGCCGAGUACCACACAGGCCACGACCAGCACUGAAAGGAGCACUACUUCUGGCACGAUAACAACAUCCAAGUCCUCAAGCUCGGGCAGCACGAGUCAUCGGACUAGCUCCAGUUCCAUCGUCACGACAAGUCAGUCGACAGCCACAACGACUGCGGUUGGGUCAACUUCAAGAUCUACGCUGUCUACCGGGGUCACCACCUCCCCAACGCUGCCAGCGACAAGCGGGACGUCUACUCAAUCCACAAGCAGGACCACCGCGACUGGGUCCACAAGCAAGUCAAGUUUCACUCCAUCUACUGGUCUGACUACUUCGCCAACCUCGCCGGUGACAACCACAGCAAGUACUCAAUCCACGUCGACAAACACCCCGCGUGGGUCAACUCUUGGAACCAGUCAAUCUACUACUGUCACUUCCCACACAACGCCAGUCACCAGCAUUACUACUCAGUCCACUAGUAGAUCUCCCACGACUGGGUCCACGAGUACAUCAGGCUCCAGUUACUCUAGUAUUACUACCACCCCUCAUACGGCACCAACAACAGGCAUCACGACUUCUCGGUCUACCGUUAGGACCAGCACGCCUGAGUCUACGAGAAGAUCAACUUCAUCACAAUCCACGCUCUUGACUAGUUCCUCAACAGUGCCAGUGACUAGCGAAACAACCACGCAGACCACAAGCAAGCCAAGUUCUUCUCAGUCUACCCCGGUAACCACUUCGUCAACGCUGCCAGCUACGAGUGUUACGACUACCCAGUCCACCAGCAAGAGUACAGUGACCGGGUCCUCUACCAGCCCAGGCUCCACUCAGUCUACCGGAAGGUCAACAAGCACCCAUUCAACUGGUGUGGUGACUUCAACGACUGUUCCUGCAACAAGUAUCACCACGACUGUGUCUACGAGCCAGACUACUACUGAGAUAACUACCCCUCCAGUGUUCAUCAGCUCAACCUCCCAGUCCACGUCGGUGAGCACAACCAGCUCAACCACAUUGCCAGUCACAACUAGCAUGACCACUCAAUCAACUGGCACCUCAACGACUACGGAAUCUAGCAGUGGAACCACAACUACUCAGUUCACUAGCUCAGGCAGCACUACAGUUCCUGCCACCAGCGGUAGUACAACUACAACUCCUGUCAGCAGCAGCACCAGCAGCACGACAGCCCCGGCGAUCAGUAGUAGCACGUCUACCACCCCAGCGACAAGCAGCACUACGUCUACCAUCCCGGCAACUAGCAGUGGCAGCACAAGUACAAUUCCGACAACGAGCACUACAUCUACGGUGCCCACGACAACUAGCACCAGCAGCAGCUCGUCUACAAUCCCGGCCACGAGUAGCACUACCCCCAAUGUCCCGACGACGAGCCGCACUUCAAUCACUACCCCAGGGACGACCGCUACCUCCAGUGUCCCAGCGACAACAGCAACAACGACCGGGAAUGGCAGUACCUCUAGUACCCCGGCAACGAGCAGUACCACGCCCAAUAUUCCAACAAGCAGCAAUACUUCACCUACGGUGCCGGCUUCAAGCACUACCAGCUCAACGGUCUCUGUGAGUACUUCAAGCAGCAGUGGCAGCACAACUACAGCUCCCGGAACGAGUACUGCAUCUACUGUCCCGGCGACAACGUCUACAGCCAGCAGUAGCACGUCUACCUUCCCGCCGACGAGCAGCACUACACCUGCUUUCCCAGGAACGAGUCAUACCACGCCUACUGUUCCAACGACGAGCAGCACAUCAACCACUAUCCCAGGGACGAGCGCUACCUCCAGUGUCACAGCGACGACAACAACAACGACCACUGGCAGUGGCAGUACGUCUACCUUCCCGGCAUCGAGCAGUACUACACCCGUUGUCCCAACGACGAGCAAUACUUCACCCACAGUGCCGGCUACCAGCUCUACCAGCUCAACAGUCUCGGUGUCCACUUCAGGUAGCAGCAGCACAUCUACUCUUCCGGCAACCAGCACUACCAGCUCGACUGUCUCGGUAACUACUUCAGGAAGUACAGCACCGGCUAUUAGCUCAACGAGCUCAACAGCCUCGGUGACUACUUCAAGCACCAGUGGUACACCUAUUGUUCCGGCGACAAGCACUACGAGCUCAACUGCAUCGGUCGCUACCUCAAGUACGAGUGGUACACCUACUGUUCCGGUAACAACUACUACCAGCUUAACCGUCCCGGCAACUACUUCAAGCAGCACCGGUACUUCUACAAUCCCUGCAACCAGCUCUACCCGCUUAGUUACUACUUCGGGCAGUAGCAGUACAUCUGGCGUUCCCUCAACAAGCAGCAGCACAACGGUUCCGGCAACCAGCAGUGGCAGCGUGCCUCCUGUUCCCCCAACAAGUAGCACUACGUCCACGAGCCCAGCCACGAGCAGCAGAAGCAGUACAACAGCUACCGUUCCUGUGACCAGCAGCACGACCGUAGGCUCAUCAAGCACUACGCAGAGCAUCACGGUCACAACCUCCACGCCAUCUACGUCCUCGACAUCUGUAACGACUGGCACAACUGAGACUACCACUGAGACUACCAGCUCAGCCAGCAGUACUACUGCUUCGACCAGUGUGCCGACCACUUCCACUGUGCCGACUACCAGUACGCCCAGUGUCCCGACCACUGCAAUUACCAGCAGUGUCAGUACGCCGACCACUCAACCAACAACGUCGGCGUCGGCAUCUGUCAAGACGACAGGCACCACGAAGGUCACAAGCACAACGGCCACUCCAUCAUCCGGCACAUUUACUCCUCCAGUGCCCAACAAGUCGACGACAUUCCAGACAGUCACCAAGUCCAAACCACCACCGAACCACCAUAAGACAACUCAGACUGCACCACCGUCUCCAUCUACGUCUACAAAAACCCAGCCUUGGGAGGAAUGGUGGUCAGAGACGACGAGCACGGCAACUGCCACCAACAUACCAAGCCAAAGCCAACCCUGGGAAGAAUGGUGGUCAGAGACAACCACAGUCCCCGCAGCAACUGUAACCAAAACACCCGGCCAACCUUGGGAAGACUGGCACCACACCGAGGAGACCACGACUGUCACUGUCACACCGACCGCGCCCGCUGAAUCCACGGCGACCACAACUCCAGCCCCCGGUAAAAGCAAAGGCAAAAGCAAGCCAUGGGGCGAUUGGCAAUUCCAUAACAGUACCAUGGCGACGACUACGACUCUGAAGCCCCAUCCCACCGGCGGCUGGUGGAAACAUAAGUCAUCCACUACCGGUACAACCACCACGAGCACAAGCACAAGCACAACUGUGACUACUGUUGUCUCAACUCCAACUCUAAGCCACGAGGGCAAAGGCGGAAAGGGAAAGGAAAAAGGUCACGGCGGUGCCGGCUGGAAAGACUGGGACAAGACCAACGAGAAGGAACAUGGCCAUCAAGGCAAUAAAAGUGGCGAAGAACAAGAACAAAACGGAACCAAGUGGGGUGAUUGGGAAAAGACCAAAUCUCAGCAGAAAGGGAAGGAAGGAGAAAAAAGCAGCAGUGGUAAUGAUGACAAGUCUGGCUCCGGCUCUGGCUCCGGCUCUGGCUCCGGCUCUGGCUCCGGCUCUGGCUCCGGCUCUGGCUCUGGUUGGAAAGAUUGGGCAGGCCAGAGGAAGGGACGGUACGUAAGGAAGUAA